AUGGGAGAUUACAUUAAUCUCGAGAAAACGGGACCAAAUGCUAACGACAUCAAUGUGCAUCUUGGAUACAUAAAAGGCUUAAAAGGAAAUCCAGUUUGGCAGAUUGCUUUAAUGCCAUAUCUAGGAUUGGAGAGUGUAACACAAGAAGUGGCCAACAGUAUUGCACAAAGUAUGUUACGGAUUAAUCAGCAAGGUAUCACUGUUUGGUUAAGAUUUGCACAUGAGAUGAAUGGUGAUUGGUAUAAAUGGGGUAUGCAACCAGAAUUAUUUUUGGAGAAAUGGAAAAUGGUUUGGGAAGCUAUCAAGUCGGUCACAUCUAGUACUUACAUGCUAUGGGCUCCAAACUCGUUAUUCGGCGGCUUGAACGAUGUUAAAGGAGGUUACACACAGUACUGGCCAGGUGCUCAAUACGUUGAUAUGCUUGGUCUUUCGUUCUACCACUAUGGAGACUUAUAUUCUACUCCUAAUAAUUUACCAAUCGUCUUAUCCGAAACUGGAGCAUCUUAUACAGUUUCACUUCAAACUAAUGAACCGGCUCCAGGUGGUGCUUCUGAACAUGAUAUGAAGUUUGGAUGGUUACAACAACUUUUAGCUAAUAAUUUACGUACUGAUGUUCCUAAUUUUAAAGCAUUUUCUUGGUUUGAGAUUAAGAAAAAUGAGAAUGCUUCUGGUGGUUCGGCUAUCAAAUCUGAAGAUUUCCGAUUAUUAAUGGGAAAUCAAGAUUUAAGUAAAUCAGCCGUAACUUAUCUCUCUUCUUGA